CUUUCGUCAACGCAAAAAUGGCGACAAAAGAACCGCACCAGUGAGUUUAAACGAGCGGUAACAAUCAACUAUCGACCACAAAGGACAAAAAAAAAAAAGUCCCCGGCUUGGAGAUGCCCCGAAGGGCGACAUGACUCUGACCAGGGGCUCUUUCACCUACGCCACUGGGGAGGAGUACCAUGGCGAGUGGAAAGAAGGUCGGAGGCAUGGCGUCGGCCAGCUCAAGUUCCAAGACGGAACGUGUUACGCCGGACAGUUUGAGGACGGACUCUUCCACGGUGCCGGCGUCCUUCUCUUCACGGACGGCUCCAGGUACGAGGGCGAGUUUGCAUACGGGAAGUUUCAAGGCGCGGGAGUCUUCGGUCGAUCCGACGGCAUGAAGUUCGAGGGCGAAUUCAAAGGCGGACGCGUGGAGGGAUACGGACUGUUGACGUUCCCGCACGGAACUCACGGUGUGCCACGCAAUGAAGGCUUGUUCCAAAACCACAAGCUGCAGAGGAGAGAAAAGUGUCCUGGGGUGGUGCAGAGGGCGCAGGCGUCGGCCGCCAACGCCCGCAGGGUGGCUCUUUGACUCUUUCUGACCUUUACAACUAUGUCUUUGUUCUUGCUCCUCAAAGGGAUGCCUCAGGGAGGUGUACUCCUCCCCCUCGAGCUCCCCCUUUCUUUCAACUUACUUCUUUUCACCAAACACUCCAUUUUCUCAAUGCACAAAACCACAUAGCACACCGGUGCGUUCUUAAGAAUCGUGCCACCGCUAACAGCGUCUCAGCUUGCUAAGAGUUAGCGGCUAAUUAAGGAGACCCUGCUAGGACUUAAGUACAAAGGAGUACAAGGAUCACGCUAAAAACCAAGUCAAUUCUACGACCACUACUACUACUUUUACAAAAACAUACUAGUAUGAAGUCGUAAUUAGCAAAACAAAAUGAUAAUUUUACAAGAAUGAAACCACAAUUUUAAGAGAAUUGUUUAUUUGAACAAAGCAGGGGUCCCCAGACUAAGGACGCCAGCAUCCGAUAUA